AUGGCUACAAGUAAAUCUCCGGCUGAUUUCUCCGUUUCUGAUAUCGGUCGUCUAUACGAAAUUCCGCGCGAAGCUGUUAACGCACUGGGUUACCAAAGACUGCUUCCCUCAAAUCUGAUAAAACAAGUUGAUACUCUUGGAGAGUUGGUAACAGUUAUUAGGGAACCCAUUCUUGAGGUAUCUUCAUGUAUGUCCGUAGUACGCCCCUCAUUUCCUGCCCUUAGGAUGGUACUAUGGGGUCCAUUUGGUACCGGGAAGUCAGUCACGCUUAACCAAGCUGUAUAUCUUGCAUAUACACAGAAUAUGGUUAUUGUGCAGCAUCCCGGCGGUAAACCAUUUGUUAUAUGUGCAUUUAAUCACCACUGUGUGAAUAUGUUUUAAAC